AUGGCCACUGCCACUGAAGGUGUGCCGAGAAAUCAUCCGGCCGACGGGCCAGAAGAGCCAAUGGGUGUGCGGACCGUUCCCAUCAUUCAAGUUGCGCCCACGAUUCAGAUGUCCGCUCCGUCCGCGACCGAGCCGAUGGACAUCACCACGCCGACGAACUCGUCCGCCCAAGCGUCAGUCUCCAAGAGCCCGGAAGGCGACGUGCAGGUGAACGCCAACGGCAGCGCAGGCGAACGCAACCACUCAUCCUCGCAGAAAGAACAGACCCACACCGACAGCAUGAUGCUGGCGGCGCAAACAGCGGCAGCGCCGGCUGUCCAUCAGCCAAAGAUAGUCCAAACAGCUUUCAUACACAAGCUAUACAACAUGUUGGAAGACAAGUCGAUUCAACACCUAAUCUCGUGGACGUCCACUUCUGAAAGCUUUGUCAUGCAACCGUCGCAUGAAUUCUCAAAAGUCUUAGCGCAAUACUUCAAGCACACCAACAUCUCAUCCUUUGUGCGCCAGCUCAACAUGUAUGGUUUUCACAAAGUGAGCGAUGUUUUCGCCCAUGGAACCCCCGAGUCUACUAUGUGGGAGUUCAAGCACGGAGGCGGCAAUUUCAAGCGGGGGGACCUUGUCGGGCUGCGAGAGAUCAAGCGCCGAGCUUCCCGGCACGCGCUGGUGCAUCGGGAGUACAACAACCAAAAACCUCCGUCGUCGCAGCCAGGAACUCCGGCGGAGCCCAUGGCGCCCAUGCAGGAAGGAGGGGACCCGAGACUCAGCAACCUCGAGCACACAGUCUUCGACUUGAGCGCCCGGCUGCAGCGCUACGAGGAGAACACGCAGGUCAUGCACAUCAAGCACCAGGCCAUCAUGGAGACGGUGGCCCGCUUGCUGCAAUUUAAUCACGACCUGUCACGGGCCGUUUUAGCCCUCUCUCCGGGCCCCGACAACCCGAUACACCGGGACGUGUCUGCCCUGCAGGGUGAGGUCCAGCGGCAAAUGGACAUGUUCCGCACUCUUGAAGAACCGCACGAGCCGUUCUUUGCCAGCACCCGUCCAUACUUCUCAAACGUGGAGAACGCACCCAUCUCACCGCGGCAACUACCCCAGGACGACCCCCGCAGAGCCAAUUUCGCGGUUCCCCAACCUCGGCAGCCAAACUACUACCGGCCCUCUGUCCCCUCCAAUCUGUCUGUCAGCACUCGUCGGCCGUAUGGAUCAAUAGGGGGAAAUAGCACACAGUCAUCGCCUUCGUCGCUCCGUGUUCAGGCUCCGGCGCCCCCGCCACCGCCAGGUCCACAUCCCUUGGCGAACGUUGAGCUGCCUCCUGGCAGUCUGGCCCGGCGGCACACCUCAGCCGACAUUCGAGCCCAUGGCUGGCAACCAAACCCGCCUCCCUUCGCAUCUGGACCUCCCUCGUCGCAGUGGCCGUCAUCACCAAACCGUGUACCGGGACCGGACGAUCAGCGACUCCGGGACUCGUUUUCUCACUACUCGCUCCAGACAGCGUCGCAGCCGCACUCACGCCCUGCUACCCCUCCACCGCCCCAUUAUUCAAACGGUGGCAUGCCUUCGGCGAGCGAUACAUUUGGCAGCUGGUCGUGGAACUCUGCUAACCGCGAGAACAAGAAUCUGAUGGUCAAGGAUAGCUCGGGACCGCCUACAAGAAGAAGCAGCAUGGCCCACAUUCUAAACCCGACCGACACGCCUGAGCGCGGCGAUGAGGACGGAUUAGACCCUAGGGGCGACGACGACCGCAAGCGCAAGCGAUUAGGGUAG